AUGGCGGGGAGAAAGACUGCACUGGUUGUGUGUCUCCUUUUCGGCACCACCCUUUGUUUGCGAGUAAAGCACAGACUCGAGUUAAGGUCAAGUUUCUUCGACUGUUUGACCUCUUCUGCGUUCACAGAUUACGAUGUGGACGGUGGACGGGACCUGGACAUUUUUGACAUAAAUGAAGAGGCAGGACUGGAUCUUGCAGAGGGAGACAUUGUCCUCGAUGGGAGGCAAACUCGGAACUCUAUAAUAGGGGAUGAGUACAGGUGGCCGAAGACGAUCCCGUACUACAUGGAGGAUGACUUAGAGAUCAAUGCAAAAGGUGUGAUUCUGAAGGCGUUUGAGCAGUACAGACUGAAGACCUGCAUCGACUUCAAGCCCUGGAGCGGGGAAUCAAACUACAUUUCAAUUUUCAAAGGGGGCGGAUGUUUCUCCUCUGUGGGAAACCGGCACGUUGGAAAGCAGAGGUUGUCCAUCGGGAGAAACUGUGACCGCAUCGCCACCAUUGAACACGAGUUCCUUCAUGCGCUGGGUUUCUGGCACGAAAUGUCCAGAUCGGACCGAGACGAUUAUGUCAGAAUCAUGUGGGACCGCAUCUCAGAGGGCAAAGAAAACAACUUCAAGACCUACGACGACACCACCUCCAGCUCGCUGGGCGUCCCCUACGACUACGGCUCCAUGAUGCACUACAGCAAAAAUGCCUUCCGGAAUGGCACCGAGCCCACCAUCAUCACCAAGAUCCCCGAUUUCAGUGACGUCAUCGGCCAACGCAUGGAGUUCAGCGACAGCGACCUGCUCAAGCUGCACCGCCUCUACAACUGCACUCAGGGUUCCACCUUCCUGGACUCAUGUGACUUUGAACGUGAGAACAUCUGCGGUAUGAUCCAGGGAGAAGGGGACCAGGCAGAAUGGGUCAGGGUCGCCGAGGCUGCCGGAGGCCCCGACACUGACUACUCCAACAUGGGCAAAUGCACCGGUUCAGGAUACUUCAUGCACUUCAGCACAGGCACAGCCAACAAUGGGGACACAGCUCUGCUUGAAAGCAGGCUCCUUUACCCCAAGAGAGGUUUCCAGUGUCUGCAGUUCUUCUACUACAACAGCGCCGGGCCCAGCGACAAGCUGAAGAUCUAUGUCCGAGAGUACGACAAAGCAAAUGCCAACGGCACACUGCGCUUCAUAAAGACCAUAGAUGGAUCCCCUCAGCAGCUGUGGCAGCUGCACCACGUGAGUCUAGACGUCAAGACAAAGUUCAGAGUUGUCUUUGAAGGGUCCAAAGAGGGCACUGGGCCCUCGACAGGGGGACUGUCCCUGGAUGACAUCAACCUCUCUGAGACCACCUGCCCAGAGUUUAUAUGGCGCGUGAAGAACUUCAGCCAUGUCAUGGACAACACUACAGUAAACACACCAAUCUUCAGCCCGCCAUUCACCUCCAAGGAGGGUUACAGAUUCCAAAUGGGGCUGUACCCCAGUGGAAAGGAGGGCUACCCCGGCGAGCUGUCGGCCUACGCUCACCUGGUGGCCAGUGCAGGGGACUCCGGGCAGAAAUGGCCCUGCCCCUGGAAGCAGAUGACCAUGAUGCUGAUGGACCAGCACCCGCACAUCCUGAAGCGCAUGUCCAACCAGCGCAGUGUGACCACUGACCCCAACAUGAAGGCAACAGACUCUCAACAGUUUUUCUGGGAUGACCCUCGCAAGGUGGGCUCUGAAGUCACAGACGCAGAUGGGUCCAGGUAUUUCCGAGGGCCGGGCGCCGGGACUGCGGUGUAUCUCACGCACCUCAGAGCCAAGAGCAGGGAUUUCAUCAAGGGAGGGGAUGCCAUAUUUCUCCUCACAAUGGAGGAUGUGUCUCAUCUGACUGUGACCCAGCCUGUGCCUUCCACGGCCGUACCGCCCAUCACCUCUGGCCCCUCUGGCCCCACUGGCCCCACUGGCCCCACUGGCCCCACUGGCUCCACUGGCCCCACUGGCCCCACUGGCCCCACUGGCUCCACUGGCUCCACUGGCUCCACUGGCUCCACCGCAACCUCUGAAAACUGCCUCAACGUGCAGUGUCUCAAUGAGGGGAUCUGUAUGGUGGAUGCAGGGAAAGCUGUUUGCAGGUGUGCGGUGGGCGAUGACUGGUGGUACUACGGGGACACUUGUCAGAACAGGGGCUCCGUUAUGGAUAAAACCAACCUGGCACUGGCCACUUCUCUGUCUGUACUGGCAGUCAUGCUGCUGGUCACUGUUGUCAGCGUCAUCUGCGUGAAGAAGAAGUAUAAGAAAUGCAGGGGUGACAGCAGCUUCAUCAUGGCAAACGUGCACGCCCCAGAGAGACCGUAA